CCUCCCCGCGCCUCUCCUGUCGCGCCGCAGACGCGCGCAGGUGCGUGAGGCCGCGCCCGCCCGGGACUCUGCAGACGUGGGCCAGCCAUGGAGCACAUCCGCACGCCCAAGGUUGAAAAUGUCCGCUUGGUAGAUCGAGUGUCUCCUAAAAAAGCAGCUCUAGGUACUUUGUAUUUGACGGCUACCCACGUCAUAUUCGUGGAAAAUUCACCUGACUCAAGAAAAGAAACAUGGAUUCUUCACAGUCAGAUUUCCACCAUUGAGAAACAGGCAACAACUGCUACCGGAUGCCCUCUGCUGAUUCGCUGCAAGAACUUUCAGAUAAUACAGCUCAUCAUACCUCAGGAAAGAGAUUGCCACGACGUGUACAUCUCCCUGAUACGCCUUGCAAGGCCAGUGAAAUAUGAGGAGUUAUACUGCUUUUCAUUCAACCCCAUGCUGGAUAAAGAAGAAAGAGAGCAAGGCUGGGUGCUGAUCGAUCUUAGUGAAGAAUACAAGCGGAUGGGCCUCCCUAAUCAUUACUGGCAGCUCAGCGAUGUGAAUAGAGACUACAGAGUCUGUGACUCUUAUCCUACUGAACUGUACGUUCCCAAAUCAGCCACGGCACACAUCAUAGUGGGGAGUUCCAAAUUCCGGAGUAGACGGCGAUUUCCUGUCCUUUCUUACUAUUAUAAAGAUAACCACGCCUCCAUCUGCCGGAGCAGCCAGCCCCUGUCUGGCUUCAGUGCCCGGUGUCUAGAGGAUGAGCAGAUGCUCCAGGCCAUUAGGAAAGCCAAUCCAGGAAGUGACUUCGUUUAUGUCGUUGACACCCGGCCUAAACUUAAUGCAAUGGCAAAUCGUGCUGCAGGGAAAGGCUAUGAGAAUGAAGACAAUUAUUCCAAUAUCAAGUUUCAGUUUAUCGGGAUAGAGAACAUCCAUGUCAUGAGGAACAGUCUGCAGAAAAUGCUGGAAGUGUGUGAACUUAAAUCUCCCUCCAUGAGUGAUUUCCUGUGGGGUCUGGAGAACUCUGGCUGGUUAAGGCACAUUAAAGCCAUAAUGGAUGCAGGAAUCUUCAUUGCAAAGGCAGUUUCAGAGGAAGGGGCAAGUGUGCUUGUUCACUGUUCUGAUGGCUGGGACAGGACCGCUCAGGUGUGCUCGGUGGCAAGCCUGCUGCUGGACCCUCACUACCGGACUCUGAAGGGCUUCAUGGUAUUAAUUGAAAAGGACUGGAUUUCCUUUGGUCAUAAGUUUAAUCACCGAUAUGGCAAUCUAGAUGGUGACCCAAAAGAAAUCUCUCCAGUUAUUGACCAGUUCAUUGAGUGUGUCUGGCAGUUAAUGGAACAAUUUCCCUGUGCCUUUGAGUUCAAUGAGAGGUUUUUGAUUCACAUUCAACAUCACAUUUAUUCUUGCCAGUUUGGAAACUUCCUAUGUAACAGCCAAAAGGAGAGACAAGAACUCAAGAUUCAAGAAAGAACAUACUCAUUAUGGGCUCACCUGUGGAAGAAUCGGGCCGACUACCUGAAUCCUCUGUUUAGAGCUGAUCACAGCCAGACUCAGGGAACCCUUCAUCUCCCUACAAUACCAUGUAACUUCAUGUACAAGUUUUGGAGUGGAAUGUAUAACCGCUUUGAAAAGGGGAUGCAGCCCCGACAAUCAGUUACAGAUUACCUAAUGGCAGUGAAAGAGGAAACUCAGCAGCUAGAGGAAGAACUAGAGGCCCUGGAAGAAAGGCUGGAAAAAAUUCAAAAGGUCCAGUUAAAUUGCACUAAGGUGAAGAGUAAGCAAAGUGAGCCCAGCAAGCACUCAGGGUUUUCUACCUCAGACAACAGCAUAGCCAACACUCCCCAGGAUUACAGUGGGAAUAUGAAAUCAUUUCCAUCCCGGAGCCCUUCACAAGGUGAUGAAGAUUCUGCUCUGAUUCUAACCCAAGACAAUCUGAAAAGUUCAGAUCCAGAUCUGUCAGCCAACAGUGACCAAGAGUCCGGGGUGGAGGAUUUGAGCUGUCGGUCUCCAAGUGGCGGUGAGCAUGCACCGAGUGAAGACAGUGGCAAGGACCGGGAUUCUGAUGAAGCCGUGUUUCUCACGGCCUGAAGUUUCCCUUUGGAGUUCCAAAGUAAAGGACACAUAAGCAACACUUCCAAAAAGAAGGGAACAAGGUAGUUUAUCAUAAAAACAAGAAAUGAUGCAUGUCAUUGAGAACUAUUUUAAUGCAGCUCUGAAAAGGGAAAAAAGUGCCCAGUUCUUGAUUUCUUAGAUACUGAAGAGGACGUAGUCAUUUCAUUUAUCAAAUAUAAGGAAAAUUAUUCACCAUUUUGAAGCUCAUCCCAGACUAUGAAAAUUAUAUUCACUGCAGAGCAAUUACUUCUGUCAUUACCUGAAGUGAUCAGUAUAUAUCUUCCUUGUCAUAGCAUGCAUCUCUCAAAAAGCCUCCACUCCUUUCCCUCACAUCUGUGAUCAUCAUGAUUCUUUUAGUUCACUUCCAGAUGCAUAUUUUGUGUUUUCUAAAGCAUCUGACAUUAUCCUCCUUUCCGACCCUCUUAUACAUAUUUCUAAAAACAGGCACAUUGGUGAGAUGCACGCUUUUUGGUUGACAGAUGCAUUCCUAAGGAGCUUUUAAUUGCUUAUCUUUCAGGCAUAAUCAUCACUUUAACUUUUCCUUAGAGCAUAUAUUUUGAAUUGUUAGAAUAAUUUUGUUGCUUUUCUCUGAGAUCUAUAGUCUGUUUCUCCUCAUUAUUUAAAAAUGCUAAACCUUGUAUCUCACUUUUUCUCUAACACUGAUUUAAUAGCUAACGAGGCAGAAGCAACAUUCAUUCUCCUGGUCUUACAUAUGAAUUUAAGUAUCAGCUUUCUUAUAAUAACCUUUUAUUACUAUUCUAGAGACUACACUACCGACAGUGUGGGCCAGCCACCAGCCUGAUCUCAAAGUAUCACAUUAUAAAGUUAGUAGAUAAAACAUCUGUGAGUGAAAAUCCAGUUUCAAGAACCAGAGAAUUGGGUUGUCAUGUCUGUUUAAUGAAGGGAAUAGGUUUUGUAAUCUAUCAUUUUAGAAAUUAUGUAACUGGCCAAUAUGGUUUCAUUAACCUUAGUAACAUCUCAUGACCACUGACUGCUGAAAGUUCUGAAAAGAAUUUUUGUUUUGUUACACUGCACAUUUGAGGGAGAGUCCCUCCCCUUUCUUAUGAGUUAAAAAAGACCUCACUAGGUGACCUAAAUGAAACUUACUGGGGAAAAGUGGCCAUGUUUGGACAUAAAUAAAUGGUAUUCACACUGUAUGGUUUUAAUAUAUUAGUACAUUCUAGAAUGUAAAAGGAUUAAACUUUACAAUUUACAUCAAUAUUUUCAAUAUGUGAAAGGAUUAAUUUAAACUUUACAAUUUACAUCAAUAUUUUGAAUAUGUGAUUUUUUUUAUGGGAGAAUGUAUUACAUUUCGCUGAAAUGAGGACAAAGUCAAGAGGGCAAGAAAGCAACAUUGCUGAUCUCUCUAGUAUGAAAGAUCUGGAGGGAGUGUUGCAAUAUAUAUAAAUGAAAACAUUUAAUUGUGUUCAUCAUAUUUAAAAAUAGAAUAUAUUAGAGAACUGUGAUAUAGAAGUAUUGUUAAUGUAAAAAAUAAAGCAAGUGUAAUUCUUUCAGAAUAUAAAAUUUGGGCAUUCUCUGCUGAGCAGUUCCCAAAUUAAGUACAAGGAAUGUUUAUUCAUUUUCUGCAAUAUACUAUAUGUAAUAGGGAAUAUCUUGCUAAAAUAAAACUUAGGAUAUAGUGGUAAUGGCUUUCACAUUUUUAUAUCGUAACUCACUUCACAACCUUCUUGGAGCUGUCCACUCUUAGAAACUCUGUUGCCUAAUAUUGAGGAUGCGGCUUUAAUUUCUUCCAUUUGACAGUGUAUGUCUAUAAAAACAAUAAACAUUUUUAAAAAAAUGACAAAGUAUCUAUGCCAAACAGCACUAUGCUUUUAUUCGAAAAGCAAAUAGUAUAAAUAUUUGAUGUUUUAAAAUGUAGUUUUUUAAUAUGACAACUUCCACAUCAGAGUCAUAAACUUAGUCCCCUCAACUUUUUUACAAGACAUUAUAAUUUAUGUAACAUGUUCGUCUACUUAUUAGAAGUUAACCUAGCACUGAGAUUUAUAUAAAAGGUUACACUUAUUGCUUAUUAAAACUUUACUGUACUUUCACAGAUUCUUCAAAGAGCAUGGCUAACCCAACGAGACUAAAAUAUCUAAUAAUCAAACAUUAAUCAGGAAGUGUUUUAUUGAAAGCAGUGGUUUAAAGCAUAGGGAAUAAUCCAGUAUAAAACUGAUUUGAGGCAUAUUACUUCCCAAUUAGUAAUAUUUAGAAUGCAAGUAAUUUAUUUUUUAAAUUUGAUAUGAAAUAGGUAAGAAUUUUGACCAUGACCCAGCAAAUCAGUAACUGAGCUUUUUAUAGAAUGGAAGGUGACGAUCAGAGACAGAAACCAUAGAAUAAAUUUUUAUUCCUUAAGAGCACAUUAGUUUACUUUCUUCUCCUAAAAAUGAAUCUGAGCUGUCCUUCAAUUUAAGCAUAUAUAUGUGUCAAGCACCCUAUAUUCUGAUAUAAAUUUCCUAGUCUCAAUGUAUGCCUAGAAAUUUCUUUCAACUUUGAAGUGGGUCUCUUUAAUUUAUACCUCACUGAUUUAGAAUUUUCUUCUAUUUUGAGAUAUUAACCUUUAAAUCUCUAUCUAUGACAAAUUCCUACACUGAUUAGUCUAGUAAGUCCUAAGUAUUCGUCUAUAAUUCUGAUUUCUAUCUCAUCUUGUCAAAUCAGAAUACAAACUUUCACAUGCGUUUCAUUUCUCCUGUGGCACUGCUUCUCCAAUGUGGCCAAUUUCUAUGAAGAAAAUAUAAAGCCAUAAAAUUAGAAAAAAUGGUCACUUAAUCUCCUGCAAAAACAGAGCCCACAUUCAUACGGGCAUAUCCAAAUGCAGAUUCUUUUCAUCCUGGGUGACGUAUAUAACCUUUAUGUAAACUGAUUUGUCUAUUUGUUAAAUGCAGAUAACUGAUCAAACUCCUCUGUUUCAUGACUGGGUUGUAACAAAGUUAUCCAAUGAAUGAAUUUUGAAGGAGAACCUAAGCUGUGUUAACCGGUAUAGAAUGAAACUGGGAUAGUUCAACUUUAAAGAAUAAAAAACACUGAGAUGAACUACUCAUGUGAUUAUGUAGAAGAUAUUUACUCUGUAAGAAAAUGUUUCAUUUUUUUUCUGUUUUUCUGGUGAAAAGGAAAGUAGAUAAGCAUCUAAACAAUGUUUAUCUUUGUAUAGUAUUUCCACAAUGCCUUAUUCCUAGUAGGUACUUAAUAAAAUAGAUAGAUCAAGUGAAUUAAUCAAAUGAAAGGCUGUGGUAUGCUCCUCCCUUGUUAUGGGAUACACCUACCUGGUUUCUAGGAACCUGAUUGUUGGCAAAAGAUUGAGACUGUUAUAUCUCCCAUUGCUGUUACUGCUGGGAAAAUUAAGCUCUGGUGGCCAGUGCAGUAAGGAAAGGUUUCUGAAUACCCACAAGACUAUCAUAAAUUUGAAACACUCUUACCUCAGUUAUCUACAAAUCAGGAGUAAUAAUUAUUCCUUCCUCAUCUGGUCAUUUUGAAGAUUUAACAGCAUGCCCUUAGCACAGUGCCAGGAAGACAAUGAAAGUUAUCUUCUGUAUCCAACAUUGUAUCUUAGUCCAUGUGAAUACUUGGCCCUCCAUAAAAAGACUUAAGUAUUAAGCAUGUUUUAAUUCUAACAAAAUAAUUCUGUUUUUCCUAUAA